CGUGCAGCUGGGCCACCGCGCGCCGGCGGGCACAGGUCGGGAUGCGCCGCCGCCUCUGGCUGGGCCUGGCCUGGCUGCUGCUGGCGCGGGCCCCGGGCGCCCCGGGCGGGUACCCGCAUCUGGAGGGCGACGUACGCUGGCGCCGCCUCUUUUCCUCCACCCACUUCUUCCUGCGUGUGGACCCUGGUGGUCGGGUGCAGGGGACGCGUUGGCGGCACGGCCAGGACAGUAUUGUUGAGAUCCGUUCUGUGCGGGUGGGCACUGUGGUGAUCAAGGCUGUGUACUCAGGCUUCUACGUGGCCAUGAAUCGCAGGGGCCGCCUCUACGGGUCGCGGGUCUACUCUGUGGACUGCAGGUUCCGGGAGCGCAUUGAGGAGAAUGGCUACAACACGUACGCCUCGCGACGCUGGAGGCACCGCGGCCGACCCAUGUUCCUGGCGCUGGAUGGCCAGGGCAUUCCUCGGCAGGGCAGGCGCACGCGACGGCACCAACUGUCCACACACUUCCUACCAGUGCUGGUCUCGUCUUGAAGGGCCUGCUGAUGGUUCAGGAGGCAUGGGCGGCGCAGAGGGCCUGCAGGAUCUGGGGCUGGGCAGUAAGGGGCCCAGGCCAGGGAGGGACCCUGCUGGCUGCCAGGCAUGGAGACAGGGCAGGGUCCCUGCAGGCGAGGCCAACUCUCUGGAUACACAACCUGGCAGUUUCCACCCCAUCUAGUUUUGGAGAUUGAGAACACUCCGGGGCUCAACCUGACUUGUGCUCUGGGCACAGCACGGAGGGGCUUGGAGACGGGGACGCACUGGGUGGAUGAGGAUAGUAAGGACAGGGAGGAGAGGGCCCAGGUCAGCAGGGCAGUGACACAGACAGGAGCCCACGUGGUCAGAGUAGGGGCUGCAGCUAAGGGCACUUGUUGCUCUUCCAGGGACGCCGAUUCUCCCUCAUCAGGUUGCUCACAGUCCCUGUAUCUCCCACCCCAGAGGCUCUGACUCCCUCUUCUGGCCUUUGCAGGCACCUGUACUCAUGUGCACAUACCCUACUGCCCAUACACAUAAAACAUAAUUUAUUACUACUACUUCUCCCCCGAACCCCAGACAUGGUUUCUCUGUGUAACAGCUGUAGCUGUCCCGGACUUGCUUUGUAGAACAGGCUGGCCUCUGACACAGAGAUCCGCCUGCUUCUGCCUCCCGUGAGCUGGGAUAAAAGGCGUGUCACUAUGUCCAAUGUGGCGCCUCUGGACACUGGGAUGUGUUCAAUGCCUGGGUUUCCUGGAGUUGCUGGUAGGGACCAGCCUGAUCUCACCUAGAUUACGGCCUGGGGGAGGCCGGUGUCAGAUUCUGACCUGGACCCAGCAAUAAACGUUUUUGACUUUGAUGUGCAUGGUUACUACCAAAGCGGCAGGACGCCAGCACUGUAGCUGGAGCUUUCAGAAUGGAUGCCCAGGUCCUCAGCAUCUCCAGAGAGUGGCGGUCUGCGUGGUUACCUGUGGGGCAACCUUUUCUGCUCUCAGGCUCUUGGGGUGGGAUGUGGCUGGCAGCUUUUGUCAUUUAAGCACCGACCCAGCCCAGGGCAGAGGGCACCACCACCAGCAUGGGAGCUGAAGUAACACGUGGUCCUCUGGCUCUUCAGAUCCUCAACUUCGGGCAGUGCCUGCUCUGGGCUGCGGGGAUGCUCUGGGCGUCCUCCACGGAAGCUCACCACGGCAAUGCUGGCACGGGGUAGGUGGGCCCUCAGAGGGGUUACAAAGCAGGUAAGUGGUGUGUGGAAUGAGGCUGCAGGCCUGGUCACAGGUCCACCACGUGGCCACCCACCAGCAGGACCUGCACCAGGUAGCUCCCCACCCACGCAGCUCUGAGAGCAGUAGUUCAAAUCUCGCCUCCUAGCAAACAGUGCUGAAGACUGUGUCCCAUCAGGCCUUUGCCAGAACAAACCCGCCCUGUGAGCUGCCCCAC